CCCCCUAAUUUGGGGGGGGCAGGUGGAGGGAGGGGGGGAUGGGUCCUCUCCGGUGUACCCCCCCACACACCCGUGUCCCCCCAAAAGGCCCCAGGGAGGCGGAGGACGUGCAGCCCCCACCCCCCGAGCACAGCACAGAGCCUGACCCUGCCCCAACGCCCCCCCCGGAUGCGGAGCAGCCCCCAGCACAGGGCACCGAGGACGAGGCGGUGGCGCGGGAGCUGGAGCAGCUCUACCUGUCCCACCUCCGCCGGCUGCGGGGGGGACCCCGGCGACAGCGACCCCCCCCCCGAGAAACGGGGGUCCCCCCCUUCCCCGAGCGAGCCCCCAACACCUCGCUGGCCAACGAGAUGGCCCUGCGCUAUGAGGGGGGGGGGUCGCUGCAGCCCCCCGGUGCUGCUGGGGAGGGGGGGGGGCCGGUGGAGGGGGCGCUGGUGGUGCCGGCGAGGCCCCCCCGGGGCCGGGGGAGCAGUUUGGGGGGGGGCCCUGAGGGGGUGCGGGGUGGUUUUGGCCUUGGCCGUGCUGGUCCCGGUGGCCUGGGGGGACGGGGGGGGGUCCCACAGCAGCCUUGGCCUUGGGGCUUUACCUGGCGCUGGCCUGGCUCACGUGAGGUGGGGGGCGGGGGGGGAGAGAACCCCCGAUUGUUGUCACCACCCAAAAAUUGUCACCUGCCAAAAAAGUCACAGCCCCCCCCCGGCCCAUUUCACCUUUAGAAACGUGGGAGACACCCCUAAAUCAAUUGGGGGGGGGGUUGUGAUGGAAGGGCACCCCCAAAUCGCCCCCCCACCCCACCGCGGGGUGGGGGCACUGUCACUUUGUGGGACCCCCCCCCCCCCCCCCCCCCAAAAAUCAUGUGCACCCCACCCGGGUUUUGGGGCGCCCCUGUGUACAUACAGCCAUGGAACGAUGGUG